AUGAACGUCCACGCGAUCGCGUCGCGCGCGCGCGCGCCGGUUCGCGUCUCGCGCGCCGGUUCGCGUCUCGGCUCGUCGUCGCGCGCGGCGUCGUCCGCCGCGCCGCGCGACCGCGCCACGUCAGCGGCAACGUCCGCGGUUAUAUCGUCGAAGCGCGCGCCGCGCCUCCUCCGCGGUGGCGUCGCGACGCUCGGGGCGCUGCCGUCCUCAGCCGUCGUCGCGAUCGCGACGCCGUCGUCGCUCGCGCCGCUGGACGACCGAUCGCCGUCGCCGCGCGCGCCGACGACCGCGACCGGCGGUCGUCGUCGCGGGGACGUCGUCGUCUCGCGCGGACUUCCGAUCCCCAUCAUCGGUGGCCUAUUUACGCCGCCGGUGCUGGCGGUGAUGUACGUGUUCGUCUGCAUUCGGUUCUGGCUCGGGUACAACAAGACGAGCUUCACGGAGAAGAACAAGGCGAUGAUGGUCGGGCUGUGGCCGGUGCUCGCCGUCGCGAGCGCGUCGUUCCGAGAGAACCUGAAGAAGGCGGCGUUCUAGCUAGCUACGUGUUACGAGUAGAAGGAGAGAUUUUUUC